AGCUCCCGAAAGCUCCCCAAGCUGCCGGCAACAAUUUUUGAGGAAAACCGGUAGAAAGCUUGAUUUUUGCCUUUCUUUUCUUGUUCAAAAACCAGAUUUGGAGCCUUGAAACUUUCUCCCCCUGCAGAGAAAAUUUCCAGAUCUGCUCUACUUUGUCUUCACCGUCGGCUGCUAUGUGGGUGGGUGAUUUCUGGGCAUUUUUUUGGUAAGAAACAGCCAUUAAUUAUUUUUUUCUUCCUUGAAUUGGCUUGGGUUUACCUUAAUUUCUCUUGGUUUCCCAAUUUCCAGUGAAUUUCUUGAUUUUUCUCCCCAAAUUUCCCGCCGGCCUUCCCCCAAAUUGUAGCUCCGGCCUUGCUUGCUGGAUUCUGGACUAAACCCAUUUUACACGAGUAUGACUGAUUUGAAGUGCUGUUUUUAUGCUUUUUAUUGAUUUGAGCAUGCCUUCUUGGAGUUUACUUAACUGCCCUGAUGAUUUGGAAAUUAUUUGUGAAUUAUAAUUUCCUGUUAACUUCUGCAUGUUUUGUCUCCGAUAUGGUCAUGUUAUUCGUGUGCCCGCUAGUGGGAGGUUUAUAAACGCUAGCACAUGUCGACAUGUUACUGAUAGAACCGGAAGCGAAACCGAGGACGGGGAAACCACGGGAAGUGACGAAUUAGAAGGCUAGCCAUAUUGUAAUUGAACAUAGAUUUUAGAUAUAAAUCAUAAUCUUGUAA